AUGCAAAACAGGAAGAUCAAUGGAUAUCCACAACAGCAAUACUAUGAUGAUGAUAGCACAUGGAUGGAAACUAAGGCUCAACAGCUACAGAGCCAUGGAUAUCCACAGACACAGCAAUAUCCAGGCAUAAAACCAGGUUAUGGCAAUGAUUCUGAUUACUCUAUGCCAAACCAUCAUGGCUAUGAGUCUAACAACAAUAUGUGUCAUCGUCAGGACAGCAAGCCUCACGGCCUUGACUCUAACCAUGAUGUGUAUCAUCGUCAGGACAGCAAGCCUCAUGGCCUUGACUCUAACCAUGAUGUGUAUCAUCGUCAGGAUAAGGUUCCUCAUGGACAGGGAAAUGGUUAUGGCUAUGAUAACAAUCAUGGCCAUGGCAAUGGCAAUGGCCAGAUAUUUCCGUUUGCUGCUACCGCUAAUCACUCACCUCAUCAUGGUAAUGGUGUAAGGCCAUUCAAUCAUGGUGGUCGUGGCCAAAAUAACUACGUGUCAGAGAAUGAGUAUGAAGUUUACAAGGAGGAGCGUGUUGGUCCUGGCGUGACGAGGAGGGAUGAAGUAAGAUAUGAUGAGAGGCGUGGAACAUAUGGAGGAGAUGUUCAUCAGGCCAGCCCAUAUGGAUACAACAAUAACAGGAAUAAUCCUCUUGGUCAUGGAACAAACAAAGCCAAUUGGACACUGAAAGGAGUUUAA